UCCCCAAGCACUCCUAGCCCCCAGAUUUCAAGAUGAGCAGAGCCGGCGGUGUCCCCAAUGCCUGGGACGACGACGACUGGGAGGCCCAGGCCGACAGAAGCGACAGCAAACAGUCCCAGGCCGCGCCGCAGCCCAACCUCAGCAGACAACAGCGGUUGCAGCAGCACGCCGAAGCAAACCGGAAACUAUGGGAAUCAGCCGAUUCGAAAGAGACAUUCCACUACGUCGAAGCUGCCGGCGGCGGCGUCCCUCUCACCGCGGCGUUCAAACCCCAGGUCAAAGUCCUCAGCCGCAAGCCCGUCAUCGCCAAGAAAGACCCCGUCACCGGCCUGUCCCAAUUGUCGCUCGACGACGACGACGCCUCCAGGGCGCCGGAAGUGCAGAUGACGCCGGACGAAAUCCGCGCAAAGCAGAAGAGGGACCGCGAGGAGAAGCAGCGGCGCUACGACGAGGCCAGGGCCAAGAUCUUUGGCGAGUCGGCCCCUUCGUCGCGCGGGUCGUCGCCGGGGACGGGCACUGUUACGCCUCCUCGGGCGGAUGGGCGAGGGGCGUACCGCGGUCGUGGAAGGGGACGGGGAGGCGGUAAUAAUAAUAACAGCAACAACAAUAACAGUGGCUACAACUAUAACAACAGCAAUGUCGGCAGCGAGAGCAGCAGCCAGCAAUUCGAGCCUCGGCGGCCUGCGAACCAACCUGGCUCCCGGAGAGAGCUGUUCGACCCUAGCUCGGCCCCGAGACCAGAUUCACUCAGACGAGGCGGCCGUGAAGGCAGCGGGAGCGAUUCUUCUAUGAGGGGACAGGCUGGUCGAGACGAACAUCAGGCAAUCCGGGCGCCAAGAGGACCGGACGGAAGUGGUAGAGGAGGUUUUGGUUUUGCACAGCGUGGUAACAGAGCGACUUGA